CCCACAAACAUUUCACUUCUUUCUCCCUCAAUUUAUCCGCUCUAGUCUCGUUCUAAGUAUGCUCUGUGGUUGCGGCUAAGUCCGAUCUUCCACAUCAGAAAGAAUUACUAGAGUUUGACCCUAAAGCCCCCGUCCCGCUAAGUUCCCGUCCCUUACAAAGCUAAACCCAUCGAACCUCUGUCCGGCUUCCGCCAAUAAUGGACGAAGAGGCUCUUCGUGUAGGUUUUUGGUUUGUGAUUUUUUUUAAUCGAAACAAUUUGAUUUAUUUUUUAUCAAAACAAUCUCUGAUUAUAUUACUUUUUUAUAGAUGGGUGCCGAGAUAUACGAUCCUCGAUUGUAUAUCCAUUAUGGCCCAAGGGAUGCGAGUCUAUUAACCGAUCAGCAAAUGCAUCGCUCCCGUGCCAUUUGGGAUAACAAUCCGGAAUCUCUUGUUCCCGUGGUUCAUAAAGGGACCAAUAACUUGCCCGCUUGGCAUCCAAGGUUGGAGCCCUAUAUAGCGAGGACCGGUUUGGGAAUGUUGCGCCAUUUCUUGCGGAUCGAGAUCGACAACGAGCUGCUUACGGCAAUGGCGGAACGAUGGCGUCCCGAAACCCAUACAUUCCACCUUGCGGAGGGGGAAAUGACGAUCACCCUCAAAGACGUGGCGAUCCUCACCGGGCUUCCUAUAUUUGGAGAUGCCAUCAUUGGGAACACGACCAAACCCGAAGGAGGUUGGGGGCCGCUCAUCCGUGAUCGUUUGGGCUUCGACAUGCCGACCACCACACCAAAUCAAGGACGGGGGCAUCCACCGUUGAAUGCGGGGCAAGUGUCGGUCCCGUGGCUGGUAUCUCACAUCCAGCAAGAGGUGGAAAUCAAUGACGAGACACCGGAAGAACAAGUCGAGCGCUACGCCCGCAUCUACCUCAUCGGUUUGGUGGGUGGAUUUUUGUUCCCCGACAAGUCCAACCGGUGGAUUCAAGGCAUAUGGUUGCCAUUGCUCACCGGUGACUGGGAUGCAAUUGGAGAGAAGAGUUGGGGAUCGGCCGUGCUAGCGGGCGUGUACCGGGAGCUGUGUACUUGCUCGAGGGUUGGGGCAAAGCAAGCUGGUGCUGCGAUGUUCAUCGUUCAACUGUGGGUAUGGGAGCAUCUUCCAAUGUUCGCACCUCUCGACCCACGUCCAUACCGGAGAAACGAUGAUGAGCUCAACCUUCUGCAAAAUCUCCCCUACGGUGUCAAGUGGAUAGGAGCAAAUACGAAUGACCAUCAGCCUGAGCAUUCGUUACUGUUUUAUCGUUCUGAGUUAGAUAAACCAUGGUGGAAUCAGGUUAUAUGGGAUCCAUAUCCACGUGAAGUGGUUGAGCUGCAUCAUCUUAGGCACCCUCUGGAUCACGAGACGUGGUUGUGCAAGUAUCGAAUGGAGCAACCAAUUCCACAAGACCCGCCAGCAGGUUUCAAGGAGCUACAUGCUAUGGACCUCCGAAACAAUGCAAACUGGACGCUAAAGCAUGGAUUCUACAUCAACAUCUGGGAGAAUCGAUCCCAAUGGGUGGUGCAAGGGAUGCCGGAGACGAGACCGAUGGGCUACCACGAUGGGUACAUGCAGUGGUAUCGGAAGUUCACCUUGAGAUGGGUGUCAAAGCAAGGUGCUGUGAUGGGUUCGGUGGUUGAUGGUUUGGAACACGCGAAGUACACUCUCGAAAGUGCUCCAACCAUGGAUGAGCGGAAGACUACUUGGUUGACCCGACUUAUGAAUAACCUCCUGAGUUGCACCAGAGAGCAAAGGAGGGAUGUUGUGGCCUAUCCUCCCGUUCCUGCCCCGGCACGACCCUCAUUCCGUGAUGAUGCAGCCAUUGUGCCCCCGGUUGAGCCCCCACGAAGGAGCAAACGCAGGCCUUUGCCUACGUUCGAAGAGGUGCGUACCACUCAAGAAACCGAGCUCCCCGAACCGUUCGAGUACCAGUGGGCACCUACAGCGGAUGCCGGUGGAGGCUCAUCGAGUCGUGGGGGAUCUCAGGAAUGGGACACUUUCUCUCAUGGGUUCUCUCAAUUCCAACAUCAGCAACAAAGUUCGAUGUUUCAGACCCCGCAACAACAAACUCCGAUCAUUCGUCAAGCUACCGCUCCAACUCAGCCACCACCACCACCAUAUGUAACCCCAGUUGGGGCUCGGGUCAAGAGAAAUCCGCGACCAGCCGUUGAGCGAGCCCGCCAAGAAGCAGCGGCGGAGGGGGGAAGAAGGGGUCGAGGACGUCGUGGAGGACGAGGAGGAAGAGGUGGAGAUGGGGGCCAAAACGAAGCAAAUUAGUGAAUUUAUCGUUUUAUCAUUGUAGUGAACUAUCAAUGUUGUUUUUGUGAUUUUUAGGUGUUGUUAUUUGAGUUUGCAUUGUCUAAAAACUAUCCUACGCACUUAAGUUGUCGAAUGAAUUUUCUGGAUCAUU